AUGGGAGACGAAGAAGUUCAAGCACUUGUUGUAGAUAAUGGAUCUGGAAUGUGUAAAGCUGGAUUUGCUGGUGAUGAUGCUCCAAGAGCUGUAUUCCCAUCCAUUGUUGGUAGACCAAGACAUGUUUCAGUUAUGGCUGGUAUGGGUCAAAAAGAUGCAUAUGUUGGAGAUGAAGCACAAUCAAAGAGAGGUAUUCUUACACUUAAAUAUCCAAUUGAACAUGGUAUUGUCAACAAUUGGGAUGAUAUGGAAAAGAUCUGGCAUCAUACUUUCUAUAAUGAACUUAGAGUUGCUCCAGAAGAACAUCCAGUUCUUUUAACUGAAGCACCAAUGAAUCCAAAAGCUAACAGAGAAAAAAUGACUCAAAUUAUGUUUGAAACAUUCAAUACCCCAGCUAUGUAUGUUGGAAUUCAAGCUGUUCUUUCAUUAUAUGCAUCAGGUAGAACAACUGGUAUUGUUAUGGAUUCAGGUGAUGGAGUUUCACACACUGUUCCAAUUUAUGAAGGAUUCUCACUUCCACAUGCUAUUCUUAGACUUGAUCUUGCAGGACGUGAUCUUACUGAUUAUCUUAUGAAAAUCUUAACUGAAAGAGGAUAUGCAUUCACUACUACUGCAGAAAGAGAAAUUGUUAGAGAUAUUAAAGAAAAACUUUGCUAUGUUGCAGAAGAUUUCAAUGAAGAAAUGCAAAAAGCAGCAUCAAGCAGUGAACUUGAAAAGAGCUAUGAACUUCCAGAUGGACAAGUUAUCACAGUUGGAAAUGAAAGAUUCAGAUGCCCAGAAGCACUCUUCCAACCAUCAUUCCUUGGUAUGGAAUGUAAUGGUAUUCAUGAAACUACCUACAAUUCAAUUAUGAAAUG